AUGGGUCACUCAUCCUCCCAGCCAGCUCCUGAACCUGCUCCUGGGCUCAACGAGGACAAUAGCGAGGUGACCCCGAGUCCUCCGUUUAACACAUCCGUGCUCAAUCAAGCCAAGCAAAUCCUGCAGUCGGGUGCUGAGAUGCCGCCUGCCAAGCGCAAGAGAAAUGGUGCGCCCUCGACUGCCACCCCCAAAGCCGUAGGUAGAGUCGGCUUUGUCCCGCAAUCCCCUCAAACACCACUCGUCGCAAGCACGCCUCUCGCAGACUCGGUCUCCCACUCCGCGAAACGUACGAAGCUGGGCAGUGACUCUACGAAGAAGAAGAAGCAAAGCCACCGCCACCGCGAGCAACGCGAAGGAUCAGAGGAGCUCCCGUACACCAGCAGCCCGGUUUCUGCCAAGCGGACUUCCACCGCGACGGUCAACGGCCACCAUGCGCUGCCAGUGCCAGAGACGCCUGAACCCGAGAUUCCGAUUGAUCCAGCUCUGACGGGCGAGCCCGUCAUCACUUCGAAGGAUCACGACCAGGUUAUGCAAGAUGCCAGCGGAACGGGCGCCUUGACCCCUGCGGCCCAGACGCAAGAUGCGACGCGCGAGUCAUCGACGUACAGUGCGUCGGCCCGGCAGUCGAAGCUAAACAAGCGCGCGCAGAACGACCGUCGCAGCUCCUCGGGAAAGACGGGCUUCUUCACGCCGAGAGAAAUCGAGAAACUCGAGGCUUUCAAGCUGACAUUCUGCACCAUGCACGGUGUGGAGGCGGAUGUCUUUGACAGCAUGGUGCAGCACUCCGCAGCGGAUCGGCAGGAGCAGUGGCCUGUCCACACCAGUAUUAUCACGAAAGUGGAUUUUUGGAAGCAAAUCUACGAGGUCCUUCCGGACCGGGACAGGCGAUCCGUUUACAGGUUCAUGAGGCGCCAUUUCCAGUGUUCGACCCAGAAGCCCCACCAUUGGACGCACGAGCAGGACGAGGAGCUCAUUUCGCUGCACCGACUGCACGGACCCAAGUGGGCCUACAUUGCGAAGAUGAUCGGCCGCAGCGACGAUGAUGUGGUCCAGAGGUGGAAGAACCGCCUGGAGCAUCGUCACACGAUGAAUCAUGGUGCAUGGUCGGAGGAAGAGAUAAAAGCUCUACUGGAUGCGCUGCAGGAAGCAUGGCAUUCCUUGAGAGCUGGCGGUGUAGAGGUUGGUCAGGAUAUCUACGAAAUGGACGAGUUCGCUGUCGCAUGGGGCCAGAUCAGCAACAAGAUGAACAACUGCCGUUCCCGCCAACAGUGCGCGGAUAAGUGGAGGAAGCUCCGGAACAAGAUCCUUUCCCAGCGGGUGGGGGAUGACUCCGAUGCAACCCCUAGCUCGGCGAUCAAGAAGAAGUCCGAUGGCAGCCGCCGAAGGAAAUCGCAGGCAAAGAGUACGGCCAAGUCCAACGAAAAGUUCAAGAGCAAUGAGUUUGUGGAUUCGGAUGAUGAAGCAGCCAGCCCAGAAGCGCGGAGAACGGCGGAGAAGAAAGAAACGAAACAAACUGAGCCGGAGGCAGAAGAAGAUGAUGAGGACGACGAAGAAGAAGAAGACGAAUCGGCCGAGCCAGCAGUUCCCGUUAAGCAUGAAAGGCACUCGAUGGAGCUGGAUGAUGCGGCAGUUCCACCCCCUUCCAAGCAACCCACCGGAGCCAUGCGUCAGAUCACCAAAACCGACUCGCGCGAGGACACUGCCGCCUCCACAUCGUCUGAUGAAGAGGAAGACUUGGACGAAGAGCUAGUUGACACGGCCGCCAAGCAGGAGCGUGCAUCGGAGAGCGAAUCGGAGGAGGAGGAGGAGGAGGAGUCCCCUAGCCCUAACUCCAAGCGGGACGUCAAAAUCAACAUCAUCGAUGACGAGGCUGAAGACGAAAGCGAAAAUGAGAGCGACGAGGAGGAGGAAGAGGAGGAAGAAGAAGAAGACGAGGAAGAGGAGAACUAUUCCACCCCUCCGAGCGGAAAACGAACCACCAUCCGCGCCGCCUCCCCUAGAGUCACCUCGCCCAGCGCUCUCAAGAAGUCAUCCCAACAAAGCAGCAACAGCACCAGCAAACCCCGAAGCCCCGAAGUCGCAGUCAAGUCUCGCAAGUCUCCCUCCCCGACCGCAUCGGCUUCCUCGUCGGAGGACGAAGAGGAGGAGGAGGACGACGAGGAAGAAGGCGGACGAAGCGACAGCGAAACCAGUAGCACCGGGGGCGACUGGCCCGCCAAACCGCCUGCCCCAAACACUGCCACCAGCGCAAACACCCGCAAACCCUCCGGGGCUGCUUCCUCCUCCGCCAAACCCACGACGACGACGACCACCACCACCACACGAGCCACCCGCUCCACCCGCUCCAACCCUUCCUCCCAACAACCCGUCCGCGAACCCGAAACCGCCUCCACCUCCUCCUCCGCCUCCGAAGAUGACGAACCCGCUUCAAAGCAGCACCAACAACCCACCCGCCCCGCCAUCCCCACCCGCCCAUCCUUCGGCUCCAGCUCCCAACCCACCCGCCCGGCGGGCCAACGCUUGAGUAUCAAGGAACUCAAGGAUGUCAGCGUCCGUCAGGCAAAUAACAAACUCAAGGCCCCCAAGCCCAGCACCUUCGAUGACAUCGUCGCCGAGGCCAGGAAGCGUGCCAAGGCGGAUUCUUCCUCAUCCUCGUCCUCCUCGUCGGAUGAUGAUAGUGAUAAUGAGGACUCCGAGUGAGAAGGAUGGAUGGCUUGUGUCUGACGAGACUGAAAGUAGGGUCCUAGUUAGAGAAUUUCGGCGUUUAGUACCAGACUGUAUCCCAGGUGGGUGCAAAUGGGAAGAAAGGUUUAGAAAGUUUUAGGAGGUAGUGUGAAGAUGGAAGUGGUUGCUCUGAAUACCUGUGUGAUGUUAGUUU